AGUGUCAGUCGUGUCAGUCAUGUGUUGAAAGUCUGUCGCCAUCUUUGUAUUGUCCGAUCUAUUGGUCAUUGAAUUGCCGGCUGUUUUGUCGCCAAUAACUUUGUGAUCAAUAUAUCUGUCAACUAAUGGACGACCAAAUGGACAUUUACGACAUUAAACCCGAUUUAUCGGAUGUUAACAUUAAGAUGGAACCGAUGGAUGUAAAGGUGAAGACCAAUGAAUCCAAUGAUGUGAAAUCAGACAGAGAUCGCGACAGAGACCGUACACGAGAUAAGGACAGAGACAGGAAUAAAGACAGAGAAAGAGAUCGCGAUAAAGACAGGGAUAGAGAUAGAGAGCGGGAUAAGGAUCGCGAUAAAGAUAAGGACAGRUCUAAGGAUAAGGAACGGGAUAAAGAUAGGGAUAAAGAUAAGGAUAGGGAUAAAGAUAAGGAUAAAGAUAAGGAUAGGGAUAAAGAUAGAGAGAAAGAUAGAGAGAAAGAUAGAGAGAAAGAUAGAGAGAAAGAUAGAGAGAAAGACAGAGAGAAAGAUAGAGAAAAAGACAGAGAUAAGGAUAAAGAGAAGGAUAAGGAUAGAGAUCGCGAUCGGUCACGAAGGCAUCGGUCGAAAUCACGAGAGCGCUCAGAGCGGUCGUCUCGACGCGAGAAAGACCGCGAAGAAAAGCGGAGAUCGCGUUCAAGGGAGCGCUUUCGGUCGCGUUCACCGAAUCGAAGUAGUCGUAGUCGUCGCAAAAAGCCAUCGAAGUACUGGGACGUACCACCCGCUGGAUUUGAACACAUCACACCUCAACAAUAUAAAGCAAUGCAAGCAACCGGUCAAAUACCAACCACUCUAUUUGCAGCUCCCGGUACGGCACCCGUUCCUAUAGUUGGAAGUACUAUUACACGACAAGCAAGACGUCUAUAUGUUGGUAAUAUACCAUUUGGUUGCAGUGAAGAGGAGAUGAUGGAGUUCUUCAACGCUCAGAUGCACGCCUGUGCCUUCAGUCAGGCACCGGGCAGUCCAGUGCUCGCCUGUCAGAUCAAUUUGGAUAAAAAUUUUGCAUUUCUUGAGUUUCGAUCAAUUGACGAAACAACUCAAGCCAUGGCUUUUGAUGGCAUCAAUUUUAAAGGACAGUCUUUAAAAAUUCGUAGACCACAUGAUUAUCAACCGAUGCCAGGAAUGAGUGAACAGCCGCAGUCAGCUGUUCCCGGAGUUAUAUCCACUGUUGUAAAUGACUCUCCAUUUAAGAUAUUUAUUGGAGGUCUUCCUAAUUAUCUUAAUGAAGAUCAAGUCAAAGAAUUAUUGAUGAGUUUCGGUCAAUUGAGAGCAUUUAAUUUGGUUAAAGAUAGUGCUACUGGUCUUAGUAAAGGAUAUGCCUUUUGUGAAUACGCCGACACACAGAUCACAGACCAGGCAAUUGCUGGUCUUAAUGGUAUGCAAUUGGGCGAUAAAAAACUUAUUGUUCAAAGAGCUAGUGUCGGAGCUAAGAGUGGUCCACUGGCCGCUGCUUUGUCUAGCGCUGCGGCUAUUCAGGGACCCGUUCAAAUACAAGUGCCGGGACUAACCACUGUUACCGGCGGUACUGAAAAUCCUACUGAAGUGUUAUGUCUAAUGAAUAUGGUUGUACCCGAAGAGCUUAAUGAUGAUGAAGAAUAUGAAGAUAUCCUCGAAGAUAUUCGUGAAGAAUGUUCUAAAUAUGGUUUUGUUAAGUCAUUGGAGAUUCCCAGACCUAUACCUGGAGUCGAAGUGCCAGGACUUGGAAAGGUAUUUAUUGAAUUCAAUAACAUCCAGGACUGUCAAAAAGCACAACAGAGUCUAACAGGACGUAAGUUUGCAAACAGAGUAGUUGUCACCUCUUUCUUUGAUCCCGACAGAUAUCAUAGACGAGAGUUUUAGCUUUAAUUUUACUCACAAAUUAUAUUUUAUAUUUUGCAAUCAUUUUUGUUAAUUCAAUUAAUUGAUUAAAGUAUGUGAAUUCAUUUGUAUG